GCGCUCCGACAGCGCCCGGGCCAAGCACUAGGAGUUGGCGAGCUCCAACAGCUCACCAUCAUGCGCAGCCUUCUGAUUGCAGCUACGUUCCUCUGCGGAGGUGCAAUCGCGCAGGGCACUUCCAAGCUCUACCCUCCCGGGUGGAACAAGGAGGCCACGAAGCCGCCGAUGGGCUGGCGAAGUUGGAAUGCCUUUGGGAACCGGAUUGAUGAGAAGACAUUCGAGGCGGCGGUCGAUGCCAUCACAGCCCGCGUUUGGAACGAACCCAAGGUGUCGCUGGCCGACGCCGGCUAUGUCAGGGUGGGCAUCGACGAGGGAUGGGAGAACUGCAGCGGCACGGAUCCGGCCGGCGGCAUGCGGCAGCACGACGAGGCGGGCUUCCCUCUCAUCAACGUCGAGCGGUUCCCCGACAUGAAGAGGCUGGUCGCGUAUGGCCAUUCCAAGGGCGUCAAGAUGGGCUGGUACCUGAACGGCUGCGCGUGCGGAGAGGCGAAGGAGCGGCUCCCAAACUACCGCGGCGACGUGCAGCGUCUGGCCGAGUUUGGCUUCGACGCGGUCAAAAUCGACGGCUGCGGCGCCGCGACAAACAUGACCUACUACGCGCAGCUAAUGGCCGCCACAAACAAGACGUACGAGAUUGAAAACUGCCACUGGGGCGUGUGCGGCGCCGACCGCAAGUUCCACAACCCGGACGGCGCCUCGUGUCCGACGGAGGGGUGGUGCCCCUUCAACCACUUCCGCACGAGCGGCGACAUCAACGCGGGGCCCAUGUCUUGGUUCGCCAACCUCCAGACCACGGUCCGCUUCCUCGACGCGAGCGCGCCCCUCUCGCGGCCCUCCUGCUGGGCCUACCCCGACAUGCUCGAGGUCGGGCGCGUGCAGGGUGCGAGCUUCGCGUGGCAGCGGGCCCACUUUGGCGCGUGGUGCGUCGUCUCUGCGCCGCUCGUGCUCGGCCUCGACCUGACCGACACCGCGAACCUCGCUUCUGUCGUCCCGAUCGUCACCAACCCGGAGGCCAUCGCAGUCAACCAGCAGUGGGCGGGACACCCCGGCCGCCUCGUCGCGCAGUUCGACCCGCCCGCCGCACCGCCCGCUGCACCGGCGCCCGCCGUCCGCCGCCGCGCCUUCUCGGCCGGCGAGGCUUCGGCCGGCGAGGGGAGGCCAGCUGGCGAGGCGGCGCUGCCGUCUGCGGCCAAGGCAAAGGUGCAGGUGUGGGCGAAGCCGCAGCCGAAGGGCACGGUGGCGGUGUACGUCGUCAACCCGGCCGCGUCGGGCAACGCUGCCCGCGUGUCUGUCGGCUUCGAGGCGCUCGGCCUCGCCGCGACCUCCGCGAGCGUGCGCGACUUGUGGGCGAGGCAGGAGGCGGGCCACACCAAGGGCGCGACGCUCACCGUCGAGGUCGCGCCCCUCGACUCGGCCUUCCUGCUCCUCACGCCCGCAGCAGCGUGAGCCAGUGCGCGCGCCACCCCCGUCCAAGCGCCAGUCUGGGCAACGGUGACUCGAGAGUCCGCUCACACCCUGUUUGUGAACUUCUUUUACUUAAAACCAGUUUCUUUUUCUGU